AUGUGAUUGUUUAUACUGCAUGGAUUGAGCAAUGCUUGAGUUACCUUUCUUAUUGAAGAUUUUUUUUGGGCCAAAUUGAAGCUAUAGGAUGUAAUAUAACAACUUGUUGCACUUCCUUUUAUUUGUAUCAUUUUUCUUUAGCCCUUUUUUCAAUUUUGUAUUUUGUAAAUCUAUUUGUUACUGCUAAUUUUUACCCCUUUGAUGAUCUGAGUUUGGAUUUUAAGUGGACUUUUAUGCUCUCUAAAUCGGUUUAGAUCAGAUGAAGGGAGGCUGCGUGAAAUAUGUGUAGUUCUCCUUGUUACUUGAAAUUUCAGUUCUAUGUGGAUCAGAUGUGUCUUGCGUUGCAGACGAUAUUUAGGAUGCUAUUUUUUAUGGGAAAACAGCUAGAUAUUCUCAAAACUUUUGGGUUAUGUUUCAACAAUUAUUACAAGUCAUGUACUUUUGCAUAACAUUAAUGUUGUUUUCCAUGCACUGACUUUAAUGUUCACCUGUGAUGCUUGAUGUGUUAGACACUGAUGGAUUCGUGAUUCCAAGCUUGGGAAUAGGAGACCCGGGUGAAAGUAAACCUGGUGGUGUAGAAGAGGAAACAUCUAAACCUCCUUCUCCAAAGGCAAAAAAGGAAGAGAAUAUCUACUUAGGACCACACGGUGCACCUCCUUCACAAUCGAAGCAGCAGGAGCUGAACGCAUCUAGCCGUAAGCAGCGAUUUAAGCAGAAACUGAAGGAAGCGGAUAGGAGGACCGCUGGGACAGGGCGGGAGAAUAAGGUGGAAAAUUUGAGAGAGCUUGUGGGUGGCGGAAAAGUAGGCGUCAACAUGUCAAAGGGUACUUCCAAGGAUUGGCUAGACCCUCAUUGCCAUGAGUCUCAGUUUGAUAAGUGGUACCCCCAGUGAGUGGAGUUUUUGUUAGCAUCACAUAUCUAUCUGUUGACAAACUUGACUUGGUGGCAAUCACCAUCAUAUAAAAUUAAUCUCUUUGGAGAUAUCUUUUAUUGAGGUUAUGUAUUUCAACAAUAAGUGUUUGGUUAAACCUUUUGCAAUGACAAACAUUAAAUUUUUAAGUCAAGGUAUUGUUUGGUUUCUGGUUGUAUGUCGAGGCAUCAAGUUGUACUUCUGUGUUACCAAUGUUUCAUAAGGAGCAAGCCAAUUUUUUCUUUA